AGCCGGGGAGGGUUCAGGGCGUGCCUAAACGGCUACCCCGCCCCAGGCUCGUCCCUCUCAUUAGACUUGGCUGUCUGGGCAUUUUAUUCUUAGGUUCCUGGAAAGGUUCCUGUCGUUGCAUUUGUGGCUCCGACGGAAGGCAAGUCUUGGGAACCAGGGGAAGGACAGCGCCAGCAGGCUCGGCUGGCCGGACAGCAGGCACCCUAAGAACGGCCGGUUCGGUAAAUGUUUGUUUGCUACUAAUGGGUGUGAGCAAAUUAGAUAUUCUAUACCGGAGACUUCUCCUCACAAAACUUUUUAUCAGAGGAUGGGGGAGGCCAGAAGAUCUCAAAAGACUCUUCGAAUUCAGAAAGAUGAUUGGAAAUCGAGAAAGAUGUCAGAAUCUGGUUUCAAGUGAUUAUCCAGUACACAUUGAUAAGAUUGAAGAGCAAUCAGACUGUAAGAUCCUAGAUGGACACUUUGUUUCCCCCAUGGCCCACUAUGUGCCUGAUAUAAUGCCAAUUGAAUCUGUUAUUGCAAGGUUCCAAUUUAUUGUUCCUAAAGAAUGGAACAGCAAAUAUAAACCUGUAUGCAUUCAUCUUGCUGGAACAGGAGAUCAUCAUUACUGGAGACGACGAACACUAAUGGCUCGUCCUAUGAUUAAAGAAGCCCGAAUGGCUUCUUUGUUGUUAGAAAACCCUUAUUAUGGCUGCAGGAAACCCAAGGACCAAAUAAGGUCCAGCUUAAAAAACGUGUCUGACCUUUUUGUGAUGGGAGGAGCUCUUGUUUUAGAAUCUGCUGCUCUCUUGCACUGGCUAGAGAGAGAGGGUUAUGGACCUCUAGGAAUGACCGGAAUAUCCAUGGGAGGACAUAUGGCUUCCUUAGCGGUAUCCAACUGGCCUAAGCCCAUGCCAUUGAUUCCAUGUCUGUCUUGGUCCACAGCAUCUGGGGUCUUCACUACGGGUGUUCUAAGUAAAUCGAUUAAUUGGAGGGAGCUGGAAAAGCAGUAUUAUACACAGACAGUUUAUGAAGAAGAAAUUAUUCACAUGCUUGAAUACUGUGGAACAGAUUCUUUCAAAAUGGGACAAGAGUUUGUGAAACGCUUCCCUAUCAGUGCAGACAAGCUAACUAACCUUAAUGUGGUUUCUGGAACUUUAAAUUUAGAUAUGACAAACCAAGUUGUAUCCCCAAAACCUAGUGAGUGUCAUAAAUCUAGUAAAACAUCUGUCAGUGCCACAUCAGAAAGACUCUUAUUGCAAGAUACCUCUAAGAUGGAGUGCUUCAAUCAAACACUUUCAACCAACAAAAGUAAUUAUACAAGUUGCAAUCCUCAGUCAUACCAUCUACUCAGUAAAGAACACAGAAGAAACAAUCUUCAGAAAGAGUCUUUAAUAUUCAUGAAAGGAGUCAUGGAUGAAUGUACUCAUGUGGCAAAUUUCUCAGUUCCAGUUGACCCAAGCCUCAUUAUAGUGGUUCAAGCCAAAGAAGAUGCUUAUAUUCCACGAACAGGAGUUCGAAGUCUACAAGAAAUUUGGCCUGGUUGUGAAAUCCGUUAUCUAGAAGGGGGUCAUAUUAGUGCUUAUCUUUUUAAACAAGGACUCUUCAGACAAGCCAUCUAUGAUGCAUUUGAACGCUUCCUCCAUAAAUAUGCUAACUAAUUGGAUCGCUGUAUGUAACCAGAAUGGCCAUCAUGUUUCCUACAAAAGGAGUUUUUCAUCUUUUGAUGAUAAGAAGAAUAAGCAGACAGCACUAUAUAUCUAACUGCUAUCAUUUUAGUCUGGAAUUCAUUGUUAUGAUCAGUCAACAGUGAUCUUUAAAUACAUGUGAAUAAUUUUAAACCAAUAUUUGGAUGAAAUAAUGUUGAAGUAUUUUGUUACUGUUUUGUGGGAACCCCAUAUAUGCUGUAUUUUGUCUGUUGUUACUAUUUAUGAAAACCUUAAAUUUUAAAUUGUGAAUAAUUUAAUUAAAAUAAAUUUAUUCAUAGAAACCUUAUUGGUUUUUAAAGAACUGCUAAAUCAAGCUAAGUUUGUAAUACAUCAGCAUGUAUUGUAUACCCUUACAUGAUAGUUCUACUAUUGAUUUGAGAACAUGUUUCUUUCUUAUCUUCAACUUUAAUUUCUGCCAUGGAAAUAUUUAAUGAUGUAUAAAAUCAGUGUUAACUUUGAAUUCUAAAAAAAAAUCCUGAUUGCUUCAUAUUUGGUAGUUUUAAUAAUUAAAACAAAUGUGGGAAUGCAGAUAAGAUGCAUAUGACUUGGCUGAACUUGAAAACUUUACCAAAUAUGAGGUUAGAAAAUGAUGCCAAAUAUAUGUCCCCUACUUAGGAAGUUUCAAUUCAUGAAAAAUGGAAAUGAUGAAAGACCUAUUGCAUUACUUGAUACUGUGUCUUAACAUUUUCUUAUAUACUCUGGGUUUGCUAAACAUCCAACUUUAGUCAGAUAUACUUGAUAGCUUUGGCUUUUUAAUUUCAGAAAUUAAAGACCACAUAUGAAAUUGAUUUGUUCCAUAUAACUUCAUUUUACAGAAAAGAUAUAAUAACUACUAACUUUUUUAAGUGGAAGAUUAUAUGAUUAGAUUUGGUGCUUUUUAUGUUAAACUUCUCAAGCUAAGAUCUAAAACAUUUGAAAAAAGUAGAAUAUAUUUUUGGGAAUUGUAUCAAGGUUUGGAAUAAAUGUAUUUGCAUUUUAUUUGUUUGAAAUCUGUGUUGUCUAUGGAUUAUUUUAAAAUACGUAUUCCUGGUCUAGCAAGGAUAUUUGAAUUAUAAUGUGCCUUCAUAUUCUUUUAGAAGAUUUUAUUUAUUACUAAUGUCUCCAUCAGUUUAACUUAAAAAACUAUUUAAAAAAGUCACUAAUGUGAAGUCAUUGAUGGUAUACAAAACCAUAAAUUCUGUAAAACUGCUUUGGCAUAGCAAACCAAAUCGAUUUGGUUACAGCCAUUUGGCCUAUAGCCAUUUUAUAUCUUUAGACUAGAACCUUUACUUUUAACUGAAAGUAUAAAAUGUACUAAAAUUCUUAAA